AUGUGGGCUUCUACCCACCAUGGUUCCAAGCUUACCUCUGCGAUCGUCCAGGGAAUAGGUUGGGAGGGGGCUGCACUACAGUUGGUGGCGGACCACGUUCCUAAGACUGCUUUGGACAUCCUGUUCACGGAGAACAUUCAGGCUGCCGGAAAUGCCACAAACAAGGAAUACUUGGAAGAACUGGAACAAACUCUCAAAUCGUUCACGAUACCUGAGAAUGCGAAACAAACCAUUCAACAAACAGUCGUCCCAGCCCUGAUGCGAAGAGGUAAAGCCAACAUGCUAUCGAACCGCGAGGACGAAGCACUCGAAACACUGGAGAUGGACAAACAUAUCGUCAGCAGAUAA